CGGCUACCUUGUAAAUCCAGUUCUUCCAGUCUUCACAGUCAUACUUUCGGUUCAGACACUUCCAGCAUAUUUUGUUAUUUUUAGCAGGGUUCUCCAACACUUCAGAAUUAAACCAUUACAAUGGCAACAAGUGUAAAAAGUACCAUCGAAUUCAUGCGACUUGUGGGCCAGUUAAAACGUGUGAAAAGAACAGGGUGGGUGAACUCCAAAGUGGAAGAGCCAGAGAGUGUAGCUGACCACAUGUACAGAAUGGCAGUUUUGGCCAUGCUCAUUCCAGAGGGGCAAGGAUUGAGAAGGGAUCAUUGUGUGAAGAUGGCCAUAGUUCAUGAUCUGGCAGAGUCGAUUGUUGGUGAUAUUACACCUUUAGACGGAGUAAGCAAAGAAGACAAAUACAAACGGGAAAAGGAUGCCAUGAACCACAUCGGCAGCCUGAUUAAUCCUGAUGUAGGUUCAGAGCUAUGUGCAUUAUGGCAGGAAUACGAGGACUGUGCUACUCAAGAAGCCAAAUUUGUCAAAGAUUUGGACAAGUUUGAGAUGGUCCUGCAGGCUUUUGAGUACGAAACACUUCAGAACAGACCGAAGCAGUUGCAAGACUUCUUUGAUUCUACAAAAGGGAAAUUUAUGCAUCCGACUGUAAUAGACUGGGUCCAGGAGGUUUACAGGCAAAGGGAAGGUCAAUCGGAGGAAACCAGUUGAUGUCGCUUCCCUACAACGCUGAUCAUGAUCGGUUUAGAGGUCGAGGUAGAAAAAAUCUCCGUACUAACCCGGUGACCAAUCAUGUGCUUGAGGAUCUUCCUCCAUGAUACAUAAUGUCGCUUCCAGCCUCAUAACGCUGAUCAUGAUUGCUGAAGAGGUCGAAGUAGAACUAGCACCGCACUUUUAAUCUGACCAAUAACGGGGGCUUGAUACAUGUUUGUAUUCAAAAGGGCUGUGCCAACAAUCGAGGCAGCUAAAAUGCACCAGACACCUUUGGUAAUUGUCAAAGACCAUGUUUCUCACUUGGUGUAUUCCAUAUGCAUAAAAUACUAAA